GCCAGCCCGAAUCAUGCGAGUUUAUAACUAGGGCACUUUCGACUUUUUCCCUUGCCGUCUCUAGUCUCGUGUCUUAUCGUCUUGGGUUCUCGAGGAUAACAUCUAGACCAUUCUAUACUAUGCUCUCGUCAGGGUACGUUGAGCAGCAGGCUUACGCCCAACAACAAGCGGCCAUGGCUAUGAAUACACUACUACCCACACCACCCUCCUCACCACCACGCGUUGGAUUACAUCCUGUCGAAUCGACAAUUACGCUUCUCGAGAAUUUAGUCGCGUUCUAUCAUCAGGAACGGAUGUGGGUGUACCGUACACGCGCACAACUAGAGAUGUCACUGCAAGAACGAGACGCUAGCGCAGCAGCAGCGACAGAUGAUGAAGAAGAGAGGGAGAUGGAGGAGCCAAACUCUGCUGAAGAAAACAUCAGAAACGACCAAGCGUUUGGAUUGAAGUUGGAGGGAAUUGCAACAACGAGAGGAAUGCCUAGAGGUGGAAUAGUGAAACAGCGUGCACCACCACCAAUGUUACCGGCGUUUGCUCACAGCAACCAGACUGGAGGACAACCAAUACUUGGAUCGAGUGGAAGGGAGCCUGGAGUGGAGAUCUUAGAGAUGUUUGAGAGGAUGAUGCAAGCUAGGAUGGAGAGCUGUGAGCGAGUUACCAGGAUGGUUAGAAAUGCCAGUGGAACUGGUUCACCAGGGUAUUCACCGCCUAACGGCCCGGUUUACGGCCAAAGUAGUUUCUUUAUAGAUGCUUAGCUAACUGUGAUCAACGUCUUUAUUUAUUUAUUAUUCAUGUAAUCCUCCUUC